AGAUAGUACAGUUAUAUUCCUCAGUCGAGAGUGAUAUAUUUUAAGUACACACUGCAUAGACUGUUUGCAGUGCGGCAAAGAUAGAAAUAAAACUUAGUAGGACGCCUUUUAAUUUAUCUUUGAAUUUCUCUUCGUCCCCUCCUCGAAACAGAAGAUACGCUUCAGACUUCCUGAUUUCCCAGAAAGGAUGAGUGAUUGACAACUUGUGGAGAUUUAGCAUAAUACGGUUGCGAAAUUCAUUAGUGGUCAUGCAUAUUGAGAUAAACAGCGUGCCAUCACUGUUUUUCUUAAUAUGCAUAAACGAUUACGAAAAUAAUCCGUGUUCAGGUCCUUUACUCGGGUGAGGUAACAACUACACCUUUUUCAAAAGUAAUGGAAUAAAGCAUCGGCUUCAGUCUUUCUGAUCAGUAAAUACGUUAGCGUGACGGUUGAGUUUACAAAUGCUCGUCUAGGAGAGGACGCGAGGUCAAGAAGUUCUGGUGUUUUUUUUUUCCCAUCAUUAAUACAAUUUCUUUCAUGGAAACCUCGGAUGGGACGGAUAGUCCCGCUUAGGCGUAACGAAAAAUGGGUAAUAAGCAAUCCACGAUACAAAACGUUUAUGAAGCUGCUCGUGAUGGUUCUUCUGAUCUUACUAAUCUUUUAAAGCGGCUCAACACUGAAGAAAGGAAAACUGCGCUCGAUUCCAAGACCAAAGAUGGCGACGAGAAUGCAACUCCUCUCAUAAUUGCUUCUCGCAAUGGAAACCUAGACUCUGUAAAGAUUCUUUUGAGUUUCAAAGCAGAUAUCGAAGCACGAGGAACUGUGAAAGCCAACACUGACGAAGUUUUCGAAGGUUGCUCUCCUUUGUGGGCCGCUGCUGCUACUGGUCAUCUAGAUGUUGUGAAACUGUUAAUCGAUCACAAUGCAGACGUUAAUGGCAGAAAUGCAACGAAUUCGACUCCUUUGCGGGCUGCUGCGUACGAUGGACGUCUUGAUAUUGUGAGUUGUUUAGCCAAGAACGGAGCUGAUGUAAAUGCAAGAGAUGAAUUUGAGAGUACUCCUUUGAUGAUAACAUGUUACAAUGGUCACAUGGAUGUUGCUUCCUAUCUAAUCGAACAUGGCGCAAAUCACCAUUUGCAAGACGAGACUGGAGACACGUGUCUUCACUAUGCUGCAGAAAAAGGUCGCACCGAAGUUGUCGGUAGGCUUCUUUCUCUUGGAGUAGAAGAGAGGCAAAAUAAGAAACGUUUGACCCCACUACUAGCAGCCAGUAAUGAAAGCAAAUAUGAAAUGGUCGAGUAUUAUAUCAACCGACCCGAAUGUACUAAGGAACAAAAAAUUGACGCUCUCGAACUUCUUGGUUCCUCUAUUGCAAAUGAUCCUGAUUCUUAUGACAUCGAAGAAGCAUUCAGUUGUAUGAGGCGUGCAAUGGAAGAGAGGUAUCAGGACCCGUCAUGUCCAUUGCUUAAAAAGAACAUAAAACCUGUGGAAGAUUAUGAAAAUAGAACAGAGAGUCAAACUCUUGAGGAACUUUCCCUGUUAAAAGAUGAUAAUCAUGCUAUCCGCAUGGAGGGACUCAUGAUCAAAGAGAGAGUCCUUGGAAUUGACUCUGCAGCACUUCUGGACGAUAUCAGAUCUUAUGGGAUUGUUCUGGCUGACUCUGAGCAUUACAAACCUUGUAUUGGUCUAUGUAAACGAGCGAUGGAAAUAGCCAUGAACUGUGGUGAACCUAUUACGCACGAUCUUCAAAUGUUAUCAUGGCUAUUUAUAGUAACGGAACUUCGGUGCUCAAAUGGAAAACACAUUGUGGCAGCAUUCGAAAAACUGACAGAAAAACUAGAGACUGGGAAAUUGCAAGAGGGGCAAGAAGAUGAGGAAAAAGAAAAAAUGCUUUACUGUUUUCUAAAUCUUCUGAUGAUUUGCGCCAAAUUUGAAGUUUUAGAGGAUAAUGAGGAUGAAAUAAAGGAAAUGAUCGACUAUGUUCAAAGAAUUCUGCGUUUAGACAUUCGUAACCGCGAUGGAAAUACAUUACUGCAUCUAGCCGCAGCAUUUGAUGCAAAAACUGUGGGAAUCGUGUACAAGUCUCCCUGCAUUAAAACCGCGAAGCUACUUUUACAUGCAGGGUGCAAUGUGAAUGCCGUAAACUUUGAAGGAGAUACCCCUCUUCAUUUGGCUGUGACUUUUAUGUCAGGGGGUGAACAGGCAGAGACUAUGAAAGAAAUUAUGGAGAUAUUGCUCGAUAUCGGUGCAGAUACAAAGCUCGUAAACAGCAAGGGUCAAACACCACUGGAAUGCUGCGAGAGUGACGUGGCUCGAAGGAUCCUGUCAGAGAGAAGAGCAGUGGGUGCUAUGAACGUCGUUACCAGAGAUGAUGUAAAAACUGGUAGCGAAACUGUUGUGAGGAGUGCAGUUGUUGUUCCUAUAGCAACCGAAAUAGAAGAAUUUAAUUUUGAGGAGAAGUCUCAGAAAGAGAAAUCAGGUUUUUUACAAGAUGAACAAAAACUCUCUCGUGACCAGAAAAAUGGCCCUGUUGACUCAGAAGAGAUAGAAAUGGAUGAACUGUACUUCGACAAGGACAAACAAUCACUAGCGAGAGGGAAAGAAAGAAACCGUAAAUUCGCAGAAACCGUUAACGAGGGAGGAGGAUCAAAUGCAAGAAAGACAUCACAGCUGCAAAAGAAAGAAUUGGAAGAUGUUAACCUGCCGAGGGAAAAAGAAAAACAAGAGGAAAGCUCACGAAGAAAAUUGUGCGAGAUAGGAGAGCACGCGCAAUUACACGAGAGCGUAGGACAAGAAAUAAAGUCCAAAAGACAACUGCACGAGGUAGAGAGGCAUAUGAAAGACGCACCAGGAGAGUUACAAGAAAAAAAUAACAGUUAUAUAACCAGAAAAUUCAACUGCUUGAGAUAGAAAAGCAAUUAAAAGACACGCAAGCACAGUUACAAGAGAAGGAAGAACUAGAAGAAAACUCCAAAAGACAAUUUCACGAGAUAGAGAGGCAUUUGAGAGACGCACAAGGACAGUUACAAGAGAAAGAAUAAUAAUUACUUAACUGCAAAAUGUUGAUGCGUGAUAUGGAGAAUGAUCUCAAGGACGCACAAGGACAGUUACGGAGAAAGAAGAACUAGAAGAAAACUCCAAUAGACAACAGCACGAGAUGGAAAGGCAUUUGAGAGACGCACAAGGACAGUUACAAGAGAAAGAAGUAGAAUUACUUAAUUGCAAAAUAUUGAUGCGUGAUGUGGAGAAUGAUCUCAAGGACGCACAAGGACAGUUACAGGAGAAAGAAGAACUAGAAGAAAACUCCAAUAGAAAACUGCACGAGAUGGAGAGGCAUUUGAGAGACGCACAAGGACAGUUACAAGGACAGUUGGGCUUGAUACAAUUUGCUCCACAAACAAUUAAGUCAAAUGUUCUUACUAAAGACUAAAGAGUAGAGACUAAAGAGACUAAAGGAGGGUCCCUAAUUACUGCAUGUGAAUCGUAUCGGCGAUAAGUCGAGCGUCAACUUUGACUUUGUCAUCUGUGGUCAAACUAACUACAGCUUUUCUCUUACAGAAUCCUACUUUUUAGCUGUUUCAGUGUGUCGAAUUAGAGGAGUUCGCCUAUGCGUAAUUUUUUAGCUGCGCCUCUGUUCUGUAAAUUUCUUUAAUUGAGUCGUUUUUUAUACUUUCGAAGCUGUGAGGUAUAAGAAAUUUGAAUAUACUAGAUUUUUAAAGAUUUAAUAACUAUUUUUAACAAUAGACAAUUUCAAGGGACGCCUAGUUUUUUUUACACGUAUGAAAGAUUUUAUUCCAUUCAGUGGCGAUCACGAUAUAAUGGAACUCUUUGGAAAAAAUGAAAUAACUUGCAUGAUCGUUUUUAUGUUUGUAUUCAGUAACGAAAAUUCUUGAGAACUGAAUUCGGUUACAAGGUA